GGAAGAUGUCGAGGCAUUCAUGGUGAAGAAGGAGGUGGACCCGGAGUUGCAAAGACUGGACGAACUCCGCCGCAAGUACAAAUUCAUGGAGACCAAUAUGCAGAACCAACGGACACACUACGAGUCCAAGAUUCCGGAUUUAAAAGCGGACGUCGAAAUGGUCAAGGAAUUGCAGAAAAUGAAGGAGGGCAGUGAGUUGACUACGCAGUUCGCGCUUGCGGACAGUGUUUACGCGAAAGCCACUGUGCCGAAGACAGACCGCAUCGGACUUUGGUUGGGGGCCAACGUGAUGCUGGAGUACCCCAUAGACGAAGCUGAGGAGUUGCUAAACAAGAAUCUGCACCAGACGGAGGAGAGUGUGGCGUCGCUCGCGGAAUCAUUAGACUUUGUACGUGAACAGUGCACUAUCACCGAAGUCAACAUCGCCCGGCUGUACAACUGGGAUGUACGCCGCCGACGCACGCAGAAAUAAAACUAAAGAUUAGGAGCCUGUCAACUGGGUGUGAAGGUGUAAGGUGUAUGGUGUAAGGUAGGAGUCAGGUGAUGGUUAGAGACGAUGAUCUAGGAUCGUUUGUUUAGUAUCGUGCAGGAGACCUUCCGUCUCAUACAUGUAGGAAUUCGCAGACCUUCCGUUUCAUACAUGUAGGUAUUCGGAUAUGUUACUUUCUAUAUAUAUUUGGUAAAACCCCUAAACC